AUGCCAGGGGAACAAGUGGGCCUGCAGAACUGGCUUAGCAACAGGCCCCUCGGCCUUCGCCUCAGUUUCAUUUGUAAACACCUAGCGCGCCAGAGGUCAAAGCAAAGUCAACCCAACGGCUCAAGAGUUACCUUUGAAAAUUGCUCAGCGCGGCCACAAUCGGCGCACCGCAUAUGGAAUCGUGAAUUGUGCGUCUUCGAGUAUAGAGUAGGAAGUCGUGUUCUGACAACUGAAGCGGAUAUAAUCGAAAAUGGUGGACACAGUCUGAAAGAGCGCUCGUAUGGAAGAUCAAAGGCAGACACGGCGCUGAAGCGUUGCGAAUAUGUCGAGCACCUCCGUCGCAUACGCCAAAAUGUAAUUUCGCCGAGAUUCCGUGAAAGG